UUCCCAGGGAAUGCCAUUCCAUUUCUUGGCUCUGUCAGUGUCUCAGCUCUGCCUCAGAGCUCCCCUCAAGCUGCACCUUUCUCCCACACCUCUACUAAGUGAUUUUUUUCCCCUGUUUUGUUUGAUAAACUCCGUCACCCUGAAGUAUCUAACCGUCCUGCUCGGGGCAGGGAUGCUUGCUUUUCUCGGUGCAAUUAUUUGCAUCAUUGCAAGCAUCGCCCCGGGUUCCCCGGGAGCUGUCCCUGGUGCUGGAGAUGAAGAGGGAGCCUCUUACGGCUCUGACGGAGGCGCUGGAGCUGUCCAUGGUUCUGAAGCGGACCGCCCUCGCCCAACCGCGCCGAGCAAAGCUACUGUCUUCCAAACCGAGGCCGGCAAAGGCUCCAUAGGCUCGGAGCUGGGUCAGGGGUCCGUCCUGGGCUCGGAUUCAGACAUAGGCAUCACCAGUCGCUUCCUCUGCCUGCCUUUAGCCCAGGAUUGCCCUUCUCCAUCGAUCAGGGAAGACCUCCUGCUGAUGAGGAGCACGGCGGAUCAUCUGCGCCAGAUGGUCAUUCAACAGGAGCAGCAGAUUCUCAAUGACCAGGAGACCAUCAGAGAACUGACUGGCAAACUCAGCCGGUGUGAGAACGGUCAAGAACUGGACUCUUUCCAAAAUAACCCUGAGGAAUAUGCGUGGGACGCUGGAAGAAACAGCUUGGAAGAUGGCACUGAGGAUUCUGAGCAUACGAUACAAGAGCUGGAACACUCUGUCUACUCCCUAAAGAACAACAUCGAAAAGCUGGAGGGCCAGUUGCUGACUCAGGGCAAUGUUUCCUCGAUAUUUGCACUCUCUGGCCAACCUCGGGGUCAUAUCUACCUGCAGAUCCAGGAGCUGGAAGCCCAGCUGCUCUCCAAACUCUCAGAACUGGAGAAAGAACGAUCCUUACUGCGGAACAAGAGUGACCGACAGAAGCAUCUCCUGGAAGAGCAGCUGGAAUCCCUUCACCAGCGCAUCGACAAACUGGAAAAAGAAACUGCCGUGUAUAAAUUGCAAGAAGGCUACAAAAUCUCGUUCCCAGUGAGAACGAACUACAUGUAUGCGCGAAUGAAGCAAAGCCUGCCAGAGCUGUACGCACUGACCGUUUGCCUAUGGCUGAAAUCUAAGGACACUGUGGGAAUUGGAACCCCGUUCUCAUACGCAGUUCCUGGACAAGCAAAUGAACUGGUUUUACUUGAGUGGGACAAGAAUCCCAUUGAGCUGCUGAUCAAUGACAAGGUGACACGCCUCCCGUUGGAGAUUAAAGAUGGAGAAUGGCAUCAUGUGUGCAUUACUUGGACAACCAGGGAUGGUGUGUGGGAGGUGUACGAAGAUGGCAAGUGGCAAGGAUCGGGGAAUAAUCUGGCUCCUUGGCAUCCGAUCAAACCUGGCGGGACUUUAGUUCUUGGCCAGGAGCAGGAUGUAGCCGGGGGAAGUUUCGAUGCGACACAAGCUUUUGUUGGCGAGUUGGCAGAAUUCAACAUAUGGGACCGGAUUCUGACUCCGAUGGAGAUCCAGAACAUUGCCAACUGCUCCACCAGUACCGUGGGCAACAUCAUCUCAUGGGAGGGCAGCAGCACCGAGCUGUUUGGGGGGGCCACAAAGUGGCCUUUCCAGAGGUGCGACGUGAAUAAAGACUCAGAGCAGGAUUAACAGUUGGUCCCUGGCCUGCACUUCACUGAGCCAGACAUGGACCAAGCCAGCUUUCUACAAUCUUUGUCAUUCCUUCAAUUUGCAACAGGCACCUACAGGGGACAGAGCAGCCAGUGACCCUGGGGGCUGAAUUAGUCGCUGAGUGGCUGUGGAAUCAUUGUUCAGUGCUAACGGAAAUUCUGUUUUAAAAAAAACCCUAAUUUGGCAAGAUUAAGAAUGAAAUGGCCAAUAUCCCAGGAAGCUCAACCCAAAGCCCAGAGACAUUGGCACUUUCCUGAUCAUGUUUGUACAUGUAUGAUUUCCCUCCUUGGGCUCAGGGUGAAUGUUCUGAGUAUUUGAUCUGAAAAUGAGCCUUUGUGGGUGCCAGUGCAGCUGUUAGACCAUUCCCGUGUAGAUAGCAGUAGAGCUAGCUCCCGUAUGGCUCUUUCGGUUUGGGGAAGUGAUAAUGGAUGAGAUUUCCCCAGGGUAUCCAGAUGCCAGAUGUGACUCUCACUCUCUGAAUCAGGUCAUUCCCUGAUCCUUUCACCAGGUCUUUUUCGUUAUAAGGAAAUUUUCUAUUUGUGGUUUGUCAGUAAUUCACAGCCAGGUGGAAUCUCCCUGCUUCUGCCCCUUUCGCCAAUCUCGUGAUCCUGCACAGUUGACCUUUCUGUUUUCGCCCUUUUUCUGGUGUAGCUGGGGCCUCUGACCAGCCCAGGACUCACUCACUUCUGGUACUCCCAAGCCUUGUUGUCAAUCCUCUGAUAGAUUCUGUACUGAUCCCGGAGUGAGAGAUCCCUGCUCCUGCAGAAAGUUCCCCUCAAUAGCCAAAGUUAAUCUCCAGCCCUCACUGUGUGCACUUCACUCUGUCCCCUUUGGUACCCAAUGUUUCAGGAAAUUGUUCUGUCGUUUCAAACGUUGAUGUUAAAUGGCCAACACUGUGGAAUAUUGCUGACCUAAGACUCCAGCUGGGGCCAACAAAACAGGUGGAAAAAUGAUAAAAUACUUCAGGUUCUGGAGACCUGAAAUAAAAACCAAAAGAACUGGAGAAACUCAGCAAAUCUUGGCAGCAUAUGUGUGGGGAAAAACAAAGUUAACAUUUUGAGUCUGAUUAAGCUGUUCUUUGGAACUGUUGCUGCUAGAUCUGACAAGUUUUCCAGCAAGUUCAGUUUUUAUUCCAAUAAAACAGGGGUAUAUGUAAGCUGUGGCAACCAGCCAGGACCCAUCUCUGUACAGAUAUGGGGAUAGACUGAGAUUAGGAUGGAGGAGGUGGUCACUAUCACUGCGAUUUAUCACCGGCUUGUUUUCUGUGGCCUUUAUUUUUGCUGAUGUCACAACUGUUGCCAAAGUUUUAACAGUUGCAAAUGUUUAAGUCAUGUUUGGUUUGAAGAGCUGUGAGGUGUGGUGGAGCAGCUACACAGACGUCUUGUUCAGAGACUUGAUCCCCACGAUCGAUUAUCUGCCUCAUGAACUGGCUGAAGUGGCAUCACAACCCAGGAGAGUUAGUGCAAACAUAAAAAUCAGGAGCAGAAGGAGGCCACUCAGCCCCUCGAGCUUGCCCCGUUAUUCAAUAUGAUCAUGGCAGAUCUGUUUGCAGUUUCAAAAUCCACAUUCUCUCCCCCCACCCCCGAUCCCCGACAACGUUUCAGCCUCUUGUCUAAUAACAAUCUACUUACCUCUGCCUGUAUCGUCCUUGAAGUGUCCUAGUGUCUAUCAUUCAGCUUCCAGCUCAUAAAGGCUGAGCUGUUCUGCUGGUAACUGGUGUCAGAAAGCAGUUCCACAGUGAACCCUAAUGAUUAAUGCCUGCCCAUUGGCUGUGCCACACACACUGACCAUCAACGCACAUUCCCACUGUUAAGAAUCACUGCUGUGUUCCUCCAGCUCCACACUGUGUUAUUUCUUACUUUGCAUUUGUUUUUUACAGAAAUCAUUUUGAAAUUGCCGCCUUUGGUUCUUGAUCCUCCUCUGAACAGGAAUGGUUUCUCCCCGUCCACUCUGCCCAGAUCCCUGAUGAUUUUGAAAACGUCCUUCAGAUCUCCUCUUAGUUUUCUCUUUUCUGAAAUAAACAGGCCCAACUUCUCCAGUCUCUCAGUAUAAGAGCCAUACGAUGUAUGAUGCUGACCAUGAACCACAGCUUGACCCUUAGAGACACUAAUUCAACAUGGAUACAAUCACCAGGUACUGCAGGCUUGCUCCUCUGAUUGGGUUUACACCUGGAGAUUUGAUCAUUUGAACUGCUGUUCUCUCCUCUCAUCUCCAACAUUGUUCCAACAAACAAGUGUUUCAAACAAAGUUCUCAUUGGUAUUAAGGUGACUCUCUGAUUUCUCAGCUGAGUGCCUCCUGCAGUCAGUGUUCUGGAGGUGGACCUACAAUGGUGGGAGAGCCCAGGCAAUCCUCUAGAGAUGGUGAUCCUGGUUUGAUGUCACUCUGCCAAUUCAAGAGGCUGAUAACGGGUUAGGGAGGAAGAUGUCAAGCAACUGUCUGUUUGCCAAACUCACUGGUAGUAGUUUGUAGCCUGAUGCUUGUAAAUGACACAAUGUGUGAGUUUCCAGCAUUUUUCUGUUGAAUGCAAUACCAGUGAAUGUGUCAUGUCAGCAUGUGCUCAUCUGUGGAUCAUUGAUUGUGACAUGAUCAUUGCAAGGAAACUCAUACUCAGUGCACUCAAUUCUGCUCAGGGUGUGAGAAUUGAGUCACUUAUUCAUGUUUCUCAGUACCAGAUGCUGAAUGUUGGUGAUCUGUCGAUGCCUUUUUACAUGAUAAAUUGUUCAAAUCUUUUAAUACUGUGAGGUGAUUUGUGGUGUUUUAUUAUCUAUUCUGUUACAUCCCGAAUCAUUAAAUGAGCUGAAGAUACAA